CAGUCCCAGAGAGACGGGUUUAGUAGAGAAAACAGGCAGGAGGAUCCAAGCAAGCGAACGGCUAACAUCGAUAUUUAACCGAAUCGAGGAAGCCGACGUCCGUUGAAUUAAAAGAAUUGAACCUGAUUCAAAAUAACAACGUCGAUACCUUAUGUUUACGUCUUGGCUAUCCAAUUAAACCAUGUCAACCCCAGCAAGACGGCGUCUGAUGAGAGAUUUUAAACGUCUCCAGGAGGAUCCACCGGCAGGAGUUAGCGGAGCCCCGUCGGAAAACAACAUCAUGGUCUGGAACGCUGUCAUUUUUGGCCCUGAAGGAACACCCUUUGAAGAUGGAACUUUCAAACUCACAAUAGAAUUUACAGAAGAAUAUCCAAACAAACCUCCUACAGUCCGGUUUGUCUCCAAAAUGUUUCACCCUAAUGUUUAUGCAGAUGGUAGUAUAUGUUUGGACAUUCUUCAGAAUCGCUGGAGUCCAACAUAUGAUGUUUCCUCAAUUUUAACCUCAAUACAGUCUUUACUGGAUGAGCCAAACCCAAACAGCCCUGCCAACAGCCAGGCAGCUCAGCUGUAUCAGGAAAACAAGAGAGAGUAUGAGAAGCGUGUGUCGGCCAUUGUGGAACAGAGCUGGCGUGACUGUUGACCCACCUUACAGUUCACAUACGAACAAUAGUCCGCCUCGCCAACAAGAGGAAAACCACCUUGCAAAGAAAUAAAAUAAAACGCAUCAUGUUUUGAAUCAUUCUCCACGUACUCGGUAGAAUUGUCUGUUCUGUAGCUGUUGCAAGAUUAGAGUGCUGUUGUGUUGUGGUCUCCCUCUUCAUGCAGAACCUUAUCCUGGAUGAGGAUAAACCUUAGUUUUACAAAAUGUUGCUAGGGUUACUUGCUUUUAUUUGGCCUGCCCUCAUUUUUGUCAUCUUAUUUCUUUGGUUUUAUGAGUUGCUCCUACACUGUGGGCUGAUUUCAUUUUGGGUAUACACAUGUUGGUUGCUGUUUUCAGUAUGAAUCCCAAGUUUUGAAUCUAGAGAUUGAUUUCUUUGAGUCUCUGCAAAAGUGUCAUACUGAAUGCCACUUAAUGUGUCGUUCAGAGUUCCAAAUGAAACCGCAAGGACAUUAAAGAUGGAUGUUGGUUAGCAUAUAUAUAUUGUCUUCUAUGGAAAGCUUACAUGUUUCAGAAACAUGCCUUUAUAACUGCACUUGGAAAACCUGAACAUUUAAAACCAGUUUGAAAAGUGUAAUGAACCAAAUGUUGGAAAUGGCCCUUUUUAAUCAAGUGCAAGUGAUUUGUUCUUUUAAUUGAGCAGUUCAUACUGUUGUUUAAGGUAUUGCCUAUUGACACGGUGUAAUUGUUUGAAGGCACACACAGUGAUCUGUCUGUCCCACAAUGCCCCAUGCCUGAGGCCUGGGAUUCAGAAUAUUACAAAUUGGCAUAGUUGAGUGUGUGUUGCUUUUCUUUUUUCUGUAUUCACAAUUUUGUCUGUUGCACCCUAGAUGCAUGGUUAUUUUGCUCGUUUUCUUAAGUUCAAUUAAAGUGCCGUUUAUUUUAACAUUAAAUUGCUUCUCCAACCAUAUGGAUGUGAUGCUGUCAUGCAGUAUCCAUUUAAGCUAAUCUUCAUUUUUUUCCUAAUUUACCAAGAGUGUCGGAUUUGCACUAGUAACCCAUGUAAGAAACUGUACAUUUUCUCACUUCUUGUAAAUAAACAGUAAAA